AACAUGGCUGACGAUCUAAAAUCAAUCGACCCCGGAGUAGAGAAUAGUUGCAACAAAAACCAGAGUGCUGUACGACAAGAAGCCUCUAGUUCUACGGAAUAUCCAUGGCAAACAGAGUUGCAGAUAACUCAUGACCGCAGGGAAAUUAACGACAUUCUAGAGCGCAGAGGUGCAGAGAUUCGAAAUAUCUACGAGCUGAGCCAGAAUUCAGAUGACUGCCACCUCCUUGAGAGAGAAUGGUUGGCCUUGGUAACAGAAAAAGAUAAGAACCUUUGCAAACAAAUUGAAGAGGAGAAUGAACAGGCUAAGAGAAAUCAAAUCAAGCAACUUCAUCAGGUUCUUGAAUCUCUUGGAACAUUUAACUUCAACAAACCAAAUGAAGCCAUUUUAAAGCGAAAUCUGGCAAAGAUGUACCAUCAAAUUGGCAAAUACUGCAGCAGGAAUAAGAUAGAUGUAACCAUGAAAGACAGCAGUAAUACUAUUACGUCCUCAGACAGUCCUGAUGAAAACAUUCUUGUUGCCCCCCCUGCACCUCCACCCCCUCCAAUACUGAUACCCCCUCCUCCUCCACCACCACCUCUGACCCCCCUUACAAGCAUCAAUGCUACACCACAAAAUGAUACUAAACACCUUUCAAGGAAGAGAGGUGCCUUGACUGCAAGAAAUAUCUCAACAACCCCAUGUGAUCAAAGAAAUGAGGAACUUCUUAAAAAGAUAAGGGGUGGCUGUAGAUCAGAGCUACGACGAACAUCAUUUAAGCGUUCCCCUGGCGGUACACCAUUUAAAAGGCAGAGGCGUGUUUCUGAUAGCAAUACCUCUGAUUUGAUAACUGUGGCUUUGAAGAAAAAAUUUCAAAAUGUAACUUUCCAAAGCCCCAGAGAAAAUGACUCUCCCAGAUCUUUCACAUCCUUCGAGGACUUGCAACAAAAUUAAUGUGUUAUAAAAAAAAAAUAUCAUGUUUUUUUUAAUGUGAAAGCUGAGAGGAAACAUUUUAUUACAAUCACCAUGUAGGGUUGAUGUGAUGCAUACAAAGAUACUGCACAAAAAUUUGUAUUGAAUCAUCAGUUUAAAUGUUUAGAUAGUUUAUUUUUAAUAAUUUUUAUAAACUUCUUCGUUUGAUUG